CAAACCUGACACGCGGCGAGAGGGAACCCGCGAUCUGCUUUUGCUACCGCCACUGGAUCGCCCAUCCUCUGGAGCAUGCCAACCACCAGGGACCCCUUUCCAUUCCCACACUAUGAAAAUGAAGAGACCUGCACGGGCAACAACAGAUGUACCCAGAAAACUCCCUACUGUAUGCCUACCCACCUUGCACAGCAACGAGACCCCUGGAAUCGACUACAUGGAACACCUACGCUAGCAAGCAUCAGAAGAGAAAUUUGGUAUAGAGAACCUGAGGUUUCCAAAGACAGUCUGGAUUUUAACCUCAGUGCCCUGUACAAUCACCACAAAGACCUGCUUAAAGACAAAAGCAAGGUAGUUCUCCAUAAGGAGACCCUAUUUGAUGACCAUGGACAACUGAAGGGUUUAGAGCCUGUGAAGGAACGCACAGCAUCUCUGAUUCAGCAUCCUACUUCCAAGGGUAUAUCUGUGAGACAUUGGGUCAACCCAGUAAGAGAGUCAAUCCACAACAUUGAUGGAGCUAUUGAGUCUCAUCACACUGCAGCCACUAACAGUGGAUAUUCACGCAAAGAGAAUGGUGGGAUCUUCUACCACUAAGAGUUUUGCAUGGCCAUGAUGCUGCUUCUGUCCUUUCAGCCUGUGUUUACAUGUACUGUACCUGAGUUAAGUCUUCAAUGUUUGCUUUCCUUUUAGGAUCCUUGAUUAAACCACCCAACUUCACUGAA